AUGAAAUCUUAUCCUACUUUAGUUCAGUUCAAUGAAGGUAGACAAUCUUUAUUCCUGCGUAGCUUUUCCGGCGGAAGCAAUUCAAGACUAACAGACACUCCACUAUCUACAAAUGAUUCGAUGCAUUACAGCAAAUCCAUCACAUAUUCUACACUAUUCGAAGAGUAUAAUAAAUUGGUGGAAUCGGUACUUGUGCCAAAAACCUCCAAAUUGGCAUCUUCCAAGACGAAUACACAGGUGAACCAAUAUGUCAUCGAAGAGAAGUUAGGAAAGGGACGUUAUGGAUCAGUUUUCAAAGCUAAAAUAAUUGACGAAAGCGGGGGUAGUAACAACAAUUCUGAAAUAGUGGCAAUCAAAUGCAUAGCAAAAAAGCCUAUGGCGUCCUUGCUCUCAAUGAACCAAAUAAUGAAACAAAGAGCACGGUUGAGGUUAACUCCCGGUGUCACGGUACCUGGAGAGACUCCUAACAAUACACCCAAGCCCACUGAAGGGAUCGAACGCAGAUCUUCUACAAAGUCACUCGCAUCUGUCGGUGUUCGUUAUUUAGAUAGCGAUUGGAUUAUGAUCGAAAUGAACCUGUUACGCAUCCGUAAAGAGUGUCUUGUUCAUUGCCAACUUGGCUCCCACAGAAAUGUGAACAAGGUACUUGAAAUAAUAGAUUCUCCAAAGUCUAGUAAAGUAUGGCUGGUCCAGGAAUUUGCAUCCUUAGGUGAACUGCGAUGGGAGCGUGCCUCAAAAUUUCACACUAUUGAUCAAUGGUGUAAGCUCAUGAGGUCUAACUCAAUAUCACGAGUAGAAUUUGCCUAUAAGAUAUUACGGGACAUUGCUUCUGGCUUGCAAUUCCUACAAAAAUGUGGAGUUAUUCACAGAGAUAUAAAGCCUGCAAACAUCGUCCUCGAUGGGGUCAGCGGUGAUGCAAAAAUAUCAGAUUUUGGAUGCGCUACAAUUAAACCAGAAUACCUUCCCUGGUGGAACCACGAUGCCGAAAAGCAUAAAUGGACCAAAGCUUUUAAGGAUGAAUUGAGCAAAAUAGUUGGCACUCCUGCAUUUAUACCACCGGAGUUAUGCGAUUUCACCCUGGAAGCGAUCUCCGACGACUAUCAAGAAGAACCCUCCACUGCAAACAAAAACAACCGAAGACACAAAAUAACGACAUACCACCCAGACCAAGGAUUCAAGAUAGAUAUUUGGUCAUUAGGCGUUGUAAUCUUUUGUAUUCUUGAGAAUAGACUACCCUUUUUCGGAGAAAAUGAGUUCGAAACCUAUCAUAUGAUCGUCUGUGAGGAACUACCAAUGACCCAGAUUCUCAGCAACUCCUCGCAUAACGAAUCAGAUGCUGCAUGGUUGUACAGACUACUCGAAAGGCACUUAUUAUGUAAGGAUGUGAUGACAAGAUCCUACGCAACGGAUGUCAUAGCACUGUUAGACAAACAUCAUAGAGAGAACCGAUCUAGAGUCGACAGAGUAAAAAGGAAAUUGUCGUCUUGGAAAAGGAAAUUUACAAGAAGUGUAAGUACUUCUUCAACAAAUCCAUACAAUUCAGCUCCAGGUUCGGAUUUAGUAACAGGAACAAUAUUCUCGCAUUCUUCAUCUGAACUUUCAAGUAUUUUUACAGACGCCUCAUCGAUAAACUUCAUAGAACAUUUGAGCUAA